AUGGGCGGACGCGCUGUAUCGCCCGGCGGGGCGCUCCUGAGAUCAUCGCGCAUGUUCUCAAUGCCCAAGCCCCUGCCAGAACCUCAUGCUGGUCUUCAACACAUCUCCGACAGGAGCUCCAAGUCCAUGACCAAGUCACAGCCGCAGAUGCAAUCCGUCACCACACCUCUAUCAUCUCGGCAGAACGGCGAUUGGGGCUUCAAGCGCUCUUUCCCGCUCAAGACGACGCUCAACACCUCGACGCCGCUCAUCCGCCUCAAGAAUAUCGACGCCAUGGAGAACGUGACGGAUUUCGAGUCGGCCGCCGACCACACCCUGUCGCUCGAAAAGUUCCAGGAACUUCGCAUUGCCAUGUCGAUCCCCAAGAAGAGGGCCGAAGCUGGAAGCACCCUCCGCGAAACGCCCGGCAACAAAUCCGUUUUCGAAGAGCGCUUCGAUGCGACCGACGGCGACCGCGCCGACCACCUCCGCUGGAAGUAUGAGGGCCCCUGGCUAGCCAGAAUGACAGAGGGCGAGUUCAUGCGCUACUUGGACAAGCAGGUUCGCCCGCAGCGCGCUCAAUUCCGCGCGCUGCUGAGGAAGGGACUUGCGGAGGACAUUACCGCGCGCCAAAACAGCUAUGCUAUGGAGAAGGGCAUUGAUGCCCCCCCAGCUGUGGCAGCGGCCGACAUUACGGAAGCGCAGUUUACAGAGUAUCUACGUGCCCUGCGAAACGACCGAGCCGUCUUGUACGCCAUCGUCUCCAAGUUCCUCGACCUUGCGCCCCUUGGUCAGCCCGUUGGCGUUGUCCAGAGCCUCUUCCCGCCUCUUGCCGAAAGCCCCUGGGGCAAGGCUGGCCCGCCUACGACACACCCGUCUGCCGGUAUCAGCUACCUGCGGACAGGCUCUGUCAUGGAGAACCAUCCGGUAUACGGCCCUCAGGGUCGCCGCACACCCACGCUGGCUCGCUUGAUCAGCCCUCGGUCAAUCAAUACACCGCCUAGACUCGGUGUUGCUGGCUUUGUAGCCGACCCUCCGCCCGGCGACAAUGAAUUCAACACCCGCAACCCCAAGGGCAAGGGGGCUUCGAGGCACGCGGCAAACGGCAUCGCCAACCUCGACACGACCACGUUCGGUGGUGCCAAGGCUUACAUUGAGCCUGUAUCGGCUAGCGUCGACCCCAGUGGUCGCGUUCUUCUUGAGCUCAAGGAGGCUGGUGCCGAAGCGCAAGUCAUUGCCAAAGAGAACAGCGGCAAGAGCACUGUGUAUCAUGACGGCCCCAUGAAGCGCGAUCUGCGCCCGCAAGAGGCCGGCCUGGAUGCUGCGGCACAGCGAAUGCAGGCCGUGGCAGAUGAUUUAACGCAGAACAAGCCCUCAUACCGGAAAUAA